CGCGGGCGCCCUGUUUGUGCUUUUGGUGUCGCACUUAGGGCUGUCUGUGUUCUCUGUGCUGUGGUCUAGGCGGUCUGGACUUUGCAUUUCACAUACAGGUCUAGGAUCAAGUCUGAGUUAAUUUUGAGGAAUCUGUUAAGUCUUUGAAAUGCUGUUUCAGAAACAGUUUUAGAAAAGAUUGUGCUCAUUGGAUUUCCUUUGCUAAUUUACCAAAGGUCUGCCAGGAAAGUUCAGGCAAGCUCCACUGAGGCAAGAAGAGCGUGUCCUAGAGCGGGUGGCCCUUUGAGAGGUGGCCUCAGUGCAGAGAAGGCCACAGAAGAAGCAGUGUUGCUUCCCUGCCUGCCUUCACUUCCCGCAGGUGAGUGCGUCUGUCCUGUUGAUGCUGCUGCUGCCGCCAUCCUUCACCGACGUUGAAGCCAGCUUUGGUCUUCCAGUGUGGACUGAAGACCACUGAAGAAGCGGUCCAGGUGUCUUUCAGGCCUUUGGCACCAGAUUGAAGCUCCAACCUGAAUCAACGGAGCCUCUCCACCAUGGAGACGUCCAUUGUUGGACUAUCCAGCCCGGAUCAGGGUUUGGUGAGCUUUGAGGAUCUGGCUGUGCACUUCACCCAGGAAGAGUGGGAUUUGUUGGAUCCUUCUCAGAAGAGUCUCUACGGAGAGGUGAUGCUGGAAACCUUCAGGAACUUGACUGCCAUUGGAUAUGAAUGGGAAGAUCAGACAAUUGAAGACAGUGAUGAAGAUCCUGAAAUAAAUCUAAGGUACAUCAUAUCUCACCCUGAGUACACACAGCAUGAACACGAGGAGCAUGAGCAGAAGCCACAGGACUCUAAUUUUGUCCCAAGUGUUGAAGAAGAAUGCGUGGAAACGCAGACUUCGAGUGGACCUUCUGUGUGUGAGGUAUGUUUAAAGACCUUUGGACUGUAUCACCUAACUUACAAUGGACAUCACAACUAUGACUACAAGGAGGUUGGAGGAAGUCAGACUGAGGAAAAUGAUUAUGAAGGUGACCAGUGUGAUAAAACUUCCCUUCAAAAACAAGAGAAAAUUCAUGCUGGCAAAAAGCUCUACGAGUGUCAAGAGUGUGGCAAAGCUUUUAGGUAUCCCAGUGCCCUUCAGCUGCAUGAAAGAAUUCACACUGGAGAGAAGCCCUACGAGUGUAAAGACUGCGGGAAAGCCUUCCGAGGGCUCAGCGCCCUCCACUUACAUGAACGAAUUCACACUGGAGAGAAGCCUUAUGAGUGUAAGCAGUGUGGCAGGGCCUUCACCUAUCUCAGCGCCCUUCAGCUGCAUGAAAGAAUUCACACGGAGGAAAGGCCCUGUGAGUGUAAGCAGUGUGGGAAAACCUUCAGGUACAGCAGGGCCCUCAAAUUACAUGAAAGAAUUCAUACUGGAGAGAAGCCCUACGAAUGUAAACAAUGUGGGAAAUUCUUUAGAAGUCACAGGACCCUUAAGUUACAUAAAAGAAUUCAUACUGGAGAAAAACCCUAUGAGUGUAAGGAAUGUGGGAAAGCUUUUAGAUGGCUUACUUCUCGGAAGUUGCAUGAAAAGAUUCAUACUGGAGAAAAACCCUAUAAAUGCCAAGAGUGUGGGAAAGCCUUCAGGUGUCAGGCUUCCUAUCACAGACAUAAAAUAACUCAUGGCGGAGAGACCUUGUAUGAAUGUAAAGAGUGUGGGAAGUCCUUCAUUUAUCCCUCUUUACUUCAAGUACAUGAAAGAACUCACACUGGUGAAAAGCCCUUUGAGUGUAAGCUGUGUGGGAAAGCCUUCAGAUGUCAGUCCUCGCUCCGAUUGCACGAAAGAACACACACCGGGGAAAAGCCCUAUGAAUGUAAACACUGUGGCAAAGCCUUUUCAAGUUACAAUUAUCUUCGAUUUCAUGAAAGAAGCCACACUGGAGAGAAACCCUAUGAAUGUAAAGAGUGUGGUAAAACCUUCACACAUCGCUCAUACCUUCGGUCACAUGAAAGAAGACACACUGGGGAGAAACCGUAUCAGUGUGUUCAGUGCGGCAGGUCCUUCAGCCGGCACAGUUCCUUUAAGAGACACCAGUCCGUGCAUGGAGCCGAAAGCCCGUAUGAAUGCCAGCAGUAUCUAAUUCCUUUAUCCCCAUUUUCUUCAAAGGAAUGAAAGAACAGAUAAUGUCAACAAGCCCUUUGAAUGUAAACGAUGUUGCAAAAUAUCCCCAUUCACAUGCAAGGACUGGAGAUGAGGAUGGACCUUUUAUAUGUAAACUGUGCAGCGUACCCUUUAGCGACACAGUGUCCUUCAAAGCCUUGAAGGAGUUCUUGCUGGGCAAAGUUUGUUUGUUACCGCUGUGGUAAAUGUCACUUUUCACACUUCCUUUAAGAGAAGUAAGUUAAUUCAUGCUGGGCAAAUGCCCUAGGAAUGUACUGGAUAGAGAUACUCUUUCAUUUAUCCCCAUUUGCCUUAAAAUCAUGAAAAACAAUCACAUGAAUAUAAACAAUAUGGGAAAGCCUUCAGGUGUCGAAGGUUCUUUGACUAACAUGAAUGAAGUCUCGUGCUGGAGGGAAAAUGUGAAUGUAAGGUGUGUUAAAGCCCUUAGAUGUCAUUGCUCCCUUAGAUUCCUAUGUAAGCAAAGCUCUGAAGCCUUCCAGGUCACAGUUCUUUGAGACACACACGGUGGUGGCUGCUGUGCCGCUCCGUAACUGUAAAGAGUGCAGGAACUUAGUGGUUGCUGGGAGAUGGGCAUUUCCUUUCCAGUGGCUGCUCAUGACUGGCCCAUGCUCUUGUAAAUACCCCAAUUAAACUAAUUCCUCAAGCCA